AUGCACACUUUGAGAUUAUUAUGGACAGCUAAUAAUGAAACAACAUUGCAAAGACGUCAAACAAGAGUAAAUCGUCGUAAAAUGGUGCAAAUUGUGGAGAUGGAGGAAUUGGAAUUUGUUCAUCGUUUUAGAUUUCAGAGGCGAUUUAGACUUCCGGGUAUAGUUGGAUGCAUAGACUGUACCCAUGUGGUAUUUUUUAUUAGGAAAGGUUAUCAUUCAUUGAAUGUACAAAUAGUAUGCAACAGUAAUUUAAAAACUACUAAUGUAAAUCCAAAGUUUGACGGAGCUAACCUCAUUCAUAGCAGAAUGGAAACAUUUAUGCGAAAAUUGCACCAAAAUGGAGAACAAGUGUGGUUAUUAGGUGAUUCUGGAUAUCCUCAGCGGCCAUGGCUGAUGACUCCCAUAUUAAAUGCAGUUCCUGGCUCAGUUGAAGAUACAUAUACUCAGCGACAUGUACAAGCAAGAAACUGUAUAGAGCGCUGUUUUGGAUUGCUAAAGUCACAUUGGAGGGACUUACGUUAUGUGAUUUGUGAAAGCAAUGUAACAAAGCCUUAUUACUAA